UUUGAUUAAAGCAACGUUGAAAGGUUGGAAUAGGAAGCUAGCUUCCAGAAUAAUCUUAGCAGACUCGUUUUAUAUGUUUUUUUUAAAGAUAAUUGCCCACUACAGUAAUAUUAGCCGAUUAUAAUCGCCUGUCUCAUGUCGUUCUACACGUGUCGACAUGGACAACCGUUGUUAUUCUUGUGCAUCAAAGUUCAGUCUCUUCAAGAAGGAGCUGGGCUGUAAGAGCUGCGGCCGCGCCUUCUGCUCCAGCUGCUUGACUUUCAGUGCAGUGGUGCCUCGCUGUGGCAACACCCAGCAGAAAGUCUGCAAACAGUGCCAUGGUAAUCUGACAAGUGGGGGAUCUUCCAAUGACACUGGAAAAUGGUCUCCUCCUGAAAAUUACAAAAAACGGGUUGCUGCAUUUGAGGCUAAACAGCAGGGGCAGACGACACAGUCUCUGGCACAUGGAAGCAAUAGGAACAGCAAAGCAGGCCAUGCACCAACCAGAGGCCUGAGUAAAGAAGAUCAGGCUAUUGCUGAAAGACUUCAAAAGCUGAAGGAGGACUCUAUGCCAAAGUCUGUCCCUUCUGAGAAAGAGCUUGAGUCUCGCCUUGCUGCUCUGAAAGCUCCCAGCCAGCCAGUGCCUUCUGCGAGGGAGAUGGAGGACCGUCUGGCAGUUCUUCGUGGUGUGCCUCCACCAUCCCAAGCUCCUCCACCUGUGCAUCGGCCUCCAGAUAACAGGACCCAGACGGAACAAGCCAAUGAUCUGAUUACUCAGAUGGCAGAUGAAGUUGCCAUAGAUGACCAGCAAUCAAAUCCUGAAUGCAGUGUAGACAGCCGUAUGAAUGAUCUCAACAAGGGGGAGGGUGGCACAUUGGAUGAGAAUUUGGAUGAGAACCAGGACGAGGUCAAGCAGCUGGAGGUUGAGAAGGCCCGUCUGCUGGAGGAAGCCAUGGAGGAGCUGAGGAAGGAACACCAUUCCCAGGAUCAGGUCCUCGACAUGGCCAAGAGGCUGGCUCAGCUGAAGGGGCAGGACCCAGACAAAGUUACUAUGGAGGACUUCCAGCAUCCUGACAGUGAUGAGGAGACUGAAGAAGAAGCUGUGAUGAGAGUAUUAAAACAGCUCUCUGAAGAGGCUGCACUGGAUGAAGCCAGUGGCUACAACAUACCGUUAGAACAGAGCGGACCAAAGAACACCGAAAAGAAAAAAACUUCCAAGAAACCGACCCAGGCUCAAGUACCCAAGAGUAGGAUUUCACCAGCUGCUGUUGCACAUCCACCAUCAGACAGUGAUGAGGAAGAGCUCCCGUGGUGCUGCAUCUGUAAUGCAGACGCCACUCUUCGCUGUCACACUUGUGAUGGAGACCUAUACUGCAACCGCUGCUUCAGGGAAGGCCAUGAUGAAUACGACAGGAAGGAGCAUCGCACCAGUAACUACACGGCACCAAAGAAGAAGAGGAAGACAUGAUAGUGAGACUGUGCUGUAGCUGUUUGCCUCGUCAGGCUCUGGUCAGUCAUUACAGUUAGACUUGUGCUUUUGACUUAAGUGACCUAUUAUUGUAAAAGAAACAGUGUCUCAGAAGAAAACGCUACCUAUUAUCCAAUGCAAGCCAGACUUUAACCCCAGUUUAUCUUAUCUAUCCAAACUAAAGUGUAGACCGCAGGAAGAGCAGCAUCUGCUUUCUGUAAUUACUAACAGAUGAACUCAACAAAUCAAAAACAAUGGGUAUGCAAUUAAUUUAUGGCAAUGCAAAGACUAGAAAUAGACUAACGAUAAAUAAGAUCUGUAAAAUAUGAACAAUGGAGCCUAUUUUUUCUGUAAUGUACAAAAAUAGAGGCUGGUAGAAAGUGUUGGUGUUGUAGCAAAACUGCUCAGCUUCUGUACACAGGAAAGUUUUAAGCUGUCCAACUACAUAAGACGCUUGAAGCCUUUUUAUUAUGUCACUUGUUCUACUUCCCAGAGGCAACAAAGGCUCAUCUUAGAUGCACUUUGCUCUUGUCACCAUUUGAUUCUUUUUUUUUUUUUUUUUUUUAUGCCCUUCUAAUUUUCACGACAUAUACAGAAAGCAGACGCAUCACGAGCUCAUCUGGGAUGAUGUACAAUCCCAGACUGCUGUCAGCUCUGGACUGAAGAAGCACAGAGGAGUCAGUAUAAAAGGAUUACUGAGGGCUUUGUUUUCUUUUGGCAGGCACUGCAGUUGCUCUUGUAAUCUAUGUUUGGCUGCGAGUCUGACAUGAGUAUUGCCUUUCUUGUCCUUGUGUGUAAUUUCAUUAUAACGGAUGCGAAAUGCGCGAGGCGCCGUGUCACAUAUUUUAGGCAGCACUGCAUUCGUUUUUUAGUUGAUUAAAAAUACACUGAAGCCUUGUUUUUAAUCACUUGACAAACAUUUCCCUGGCUGGCAGGCCAUGUCAGGAUGGUAUGGACAGGGUAGUGUCAGAGAUGUACUGUAAGAGUGGAAAGAGGGGGGAGCGAACAGAGCAAAUUACUAUAAUGGAGCCCUUAGCCGAAAGACCCUCUGUGUAUGACAGGGAGAAGGCCAGAGUGCAGUUUCAUCAGUGUGCAUUAAUGUCAGGCUAACUGAGGAGAAACCAUAAUUACACUCUCCUCUGGGGGCUUGCUCCAUUAAGGUUCGUAUGGAUGGUUACUGUGUUUGCCUUUUCUGGCCAUGUCAGACGUACGCCACAGACAGGAAAUGGAUGGAGGAUAAUGGAUGCAUACUUAAUGGACCUUCCUGCCACUGUGUUUACUCCUAGACCCGACAUGUCAUCGUCUCCUUUGUUUCCAUCACUCUGUUGAAAUAUUUACGGUGUAAAACAAAAGCUUGAGUUCUGGGAAGGACGUGACGACAGCCGAGCUACAGUAGAGUUUUGUAUUUGUCUCUGGACAGUAGCACAUAAGCAGUCUGUAAAAGAAAAUAAGUGUGUUAGCGCAGUAAUAAUGGGCUGGUCAUAGUAGGAUCGUUUACGUGGUAUUUUAAGUUGAUGGGUGUAAUGGACAUGUCAAUAUUUAUUUGUAUGUGUGGAAUAAAUGAUACCUGAUGAUA